AUGAUAGAAGCUGCUGUCGGCGUUGAGAAACUCAGCUCGUUGUUAACCCUUACUUUUGCUUUACACUGGUUUGCGUGCCAGCUUACACAUAAGGAAAUGAAAAAGAACACAAACCCCCGGAACAGCCGUCGAAUAGAUGUUCUAUACAAUCCCGAAAACGAUCCUGAGGAUCCGAGACAAGCCACUGUCGACAUCGUUGCGGUUCAUAGUCUAGAUGGUCUCGGCUCGAAUAUUGACAGACCUUGGUCAUGGCCAUCAGACCAGCCUGAAAAGUCAGUGCAUUGGCUUCACGAUAAGAACAUGCUUCGAAGCGAGAUACCAACUGCCCGAAUUAUGACAUUCGACUACGACUCUACAUGGACAUCCAAUGCUCCCCAACUACUCCUUGAGUCGCUUGGCGAAGACUUGAUCCGCAGUUUGCAUGAUGUUAGACAUGAUCAACAACGCCCUGUUGUUUUUGUCGCUCAUGGGUUUGGCGGCGAGAGAGAGUUUGAAGACAUCAUCCAUUGCACCGCUGGCUUCGUUUCGCUAGGAACGCCCUUUCGAGGAACAAAAAUCUACUGGAAUGCGGAAUUGGUAGCCAGCAUCAUGCGGCUCUGUGGCACUGACCGUAGUAUUCCGUCAUUGUUAUCUUAUGACAACACUCGGCUUCGAGACAAGACACAUACACUCACAAGCCUCAGGAAGGUGUUUCCGUUUCCACUGUUCUGCUUUCACGAGGUGUUUGAAACAACUUUUACAAAGUUGCCGCCCAUGCUCAACUUCUUCAAAGCAAUUGUCGUCGAUGAAGCAUCAGCUUGCAUACCCGGAGAUGAGCAGGCCCAUCUUCAAGUCAACCACGACGAACUCAACAAGUACUCAGGCCCUGAGGACAAAUCGUAUCAGAUUGUUUCUUCUGAGAUUGCCAAGAUGUGUAAGAAUACGGCGACAGUUAUAAAGAGACAGAACGAUAGCGACAAGUCUUCACCCAUGUAUUGGGGUAGAUAUGUCCGGACAUGA